AUGAGUGCUGAUAAGGUUGAAAAAUUGGCUGAAGGUGUUAGUAAGCUAGACACUAGCAAUGAGGCUACUAAAGAGCAAGUUAUUACUCCUUGGGAUGUUGAAGGUGCUGUUGAUGAAGAAGGUAUUGCUCAAGAGAUUGAUUACGAUAAGUUGAUAACUCAGUUUGGUACGAAACGUAUUUCUGAGGAAACUUUAGAAAGAUUUGAAAAAGCCACUGGUCAUAAACCACAUCAUUUCCUUCGUAAAGGUUUGUUCUUUAGUGAACGUGAUUUCACCAAGAUCCUAGAUUUAUAUGAACAAGGAAAGCCAUUCUUCUUGUAUACUGGUAGAGGUCCUUCUAGUGAUUCCAUGCAUAUGGGACACAUGACUCCAUUUAUUUUCACUAAAUGGUUACAGGAAGUUUUCGAUGUACCAUUAGUUAUUGAGUUAACUGAUGAUGAAAAGUUUUUAUUCAAACAAAAAUUGACAAUUAAUGAUGUUAAGAAGUAUGCUCGUGAAAAUGCUAAGGAUAUCAUUGCUGUCGGUUUCAAUCCAGAAAACACUUUUAUCUUUUCAGAUCUAGAAUACAUGGGUAAAGGUUUUUAUGAAACUGUUGUUCGUGUAUCCAGACAAAUUACAGGCUCAACUGCUAAGGCUGUCUUUGGUUUCACUGAUUCUGACUGUAUUGGUAAAAUCCAUUUUGCCUCAAUUCAAAUUGCUUCUGCUUUCCCAAGUUCAUUCCCUGACGUUUUAGGUUUACCAGAAAAGACUCCAUGUUUAAUCCCUUGUGCCAUUGACCAAGAUCCAUAUUUCAGAGUUUGUAGAGAUGUUGCUGAUAAAUUGAAGUUCCAUAAGCCAGCCUUGAUUCAUUCAAAGUUUUUCCCUGCUUUACAAGGUUCUACUACUAAAAUGUCUGCAUCUAAUGAGACUUCUGCAAUCUUUAUGACUGAUACUCCUAAACAAAUUCAGAAAAAAAUUAAUAAAUAUGCAUUCAGUGGUGGUCAAGUCUCUGUUGAACUACAUAGAGAGCUUGGUGGUAACCCAGAUAUCGAUGUUGCGUACCAAUAUUUAUCAUUUUUCAAAGAUGAUGAUGAAUUUUUGAAAGAAUGUGCUGAUAAAUAUAGAGCUGGUGAAUUGUUAUCCGGUGAAAUGAAAAAAAUCUGCAUUGAAACAUUACAAGAAUUUGUCUUGGCAUUUCAAGAACGUAGAAAGAACGUUGAUGAGGAAACUUUGGAUAAGUUUAUGAAACCACAUAAGUUAGUUUGGGGCCAAAAGGAAAGAUUAGUUCCAGCCAAGCCAAAGGAAAAGAAGCAAAAAUAA